CAAUUGAACCGCACGCGCCGAUCAGGCCAGAUCCAACACCAGGCCUUCCCCCUCACCACCACCGCCAGAAACUCACCCCUCACCCUCUCAACUUACACCGCCUGCCCGCCCACCAUGACCAAAGAGACGUUCGUGAUCAAGACGCCGUCGUCCUCCGCCAACAUCGGCCCGGGCUUCGACGUCAUCGGCCUCGCCCUCUCCAUCUACCUCGAGCUGCACGUCACCAUCGACCGCUCCGUCCAGACCUCCGCCGAGCCCCUCAACUGCCGCAUCACCUACGAGGGCCAGGGCGAGGGCACCCCGGACAUCAGCCUCAACCCCUCCGUCAACCUCAUCACCCGCGUCGCCCUCUACGUCCUGCGCUGCCACGGCCAGCGCAUGUUCCCCGUCGAGACCCAUGUCCACAUCAAGAACCCCAUCCCCCUCGGCCGCGGCCUCGGCAGCUCCGGCUCCGCCGUCGUCGCCGGCGUCAUGCUCGGCAAGGAGGUCGGCCACCUCGACCAUUUGGAUCUCGACAGGUUAUUCGACUUUUGUCUCAUGAUUGAGAGACACCCCGACAACGUCGGCGCCUCGCUGUACGGCGGCUUCGUCGGCACCUACCUCCGCCCCCUGAAGCCCGAAGACGUUCAGCGCAUCGAGAUCCCGCUCAGCGAGGUCCUCCCCGCCCCGGCCGGCGGCGUCGACACCGGCGAGACCCCGCCCGAGCCUCCCCACGGCAUCGGCCACCACAUCAAGUUCCCCUGGGCCAAGGAGAUCAAGGCCAUCGCCAUCAUCCCCGACUUCCAGGUCCCCACCCACCUUGCCCGCGAGGUUCUUCCUCCUCACUACUCCCGUCCCGAUGUUACCUUCAACAUGCAAAGAAUAGCCCUCCUCCCCGUCGCCCUCGGCUCCUCGCCCCCGGACCCGGAACUCAUCCACCUCGCCAUGCAGGACAAGGUCCACCAGCCCUACCGCCAGACUCUCAUCCCCGGCCUGAGCCAGAUCGUCGAGAGCAUGUCCCCAAGCACGCAGCCCGGCUUCCUUGGCGUCUGCCUCUCCGGCGCCGGCCCCACCAUCCUCGCCCUCGCCACGAGCAACUUUGAGGAGAUUGCCAACAGGAUCAUCAAGAUCCUCAAGGAGAACAACUCCAACAAGGACGUCGGCUGCCAAUGGAAGAUCCUCGAGCCGGCGGAGGGUACCCAGGUCAUUCGGUAG